AUGCCGCCGCUCCCAGUCAACAUGAGGGAGGCUGCCCAAGCUUUCUCGCGCAUUCUCACAGACACCAACAUCGAGCAUGCCUUCAUUGGCGGUUUUGCCUUGAAUUUAUUAGGCAGCAACCGCGAAACCCUCGAUAUCGAUGUCGAAGUCGCCAUGGACGAUGCGAACCCGAAUGAGCUUCGACCUCAUCUUGUGCAGCUUCUUCGCGAAGCAGAUCAGCGGUUCAUAAUCUCAGACCUCAAGCUCUUUUUCGUACCAAAAAAUGACCAGUGGGAGUUGCGAGUCCCGAUCGAGACACUUGUCCGUGGCAUGCUCGGCUUGCCUCGCCGAUUCUCAAUCCUCCGUCCGGGAGAUGGUUCGAUCCCUAUCCUCCACCCCGGCGUUCUCAUUCUCACCAAGAUGAAGCGCUCAUGUCAAUACAUCGGCAGUACGCGCCCUCAAUCUGUGGUCAAGUUCAACUCUGACGUCCGCGAUAUCGUCUACCUACUCCACUGGCUCCAAGACCAUGGCAAGAAAAUCGACUUCAUCAGCUAUGACGCAGCCUCGCCCGAGAGACUUUACGAGGCUGUCCGACAGAUGCGCGCUCAUUGGGCUUACAGGGACGACAGUACCACCGUUCAGAUGCUGGAUGAUGUUCUCGAGAAGAGCGAUAAGGCCACUAUUAUGAGCAACUAA